CACCAGAUCAGAUCAGAAACAAAAACAAAAACUCAAAAAGGUAGUCAGUCCAAGUACGGAACAUAACACAACAACACAAACUCAUCAUAAUCCCCCCAAUCACACUUUCAGAUUCACCCACCAAACUUCCAAUCAAAACCCAAUUCAUAUUCAUAUCAUUAAAGAAACACCAAUAUUGUGUUGAAAUGGGGUCACUGAAGACUGAAGAGGAGAUAGAAGAAUCAAAGGAUGCUGUUUUGUAUGUUAAUGGUGUCCGUAAAGUUCUUCCUGAUGGUUUGGCUCACUUAACUUUACUGGAGUAUCUCAGAGAUGCAGGUUUAACCGGAACUAAGUUAGGCUGUGGUGAAGGAGGUUGUGGGGCUUGCACUCUUAUGGUGUCUUACUUUGAUCAAAAUUCCAAGAAAUGCGUGCACCAAGCAAUUAAUGCUUGUUUGGCUCCACUAUAUUCUGUCGAAGGAAUGCAUGUGAUCACAGUGGAAGGAGUAGGGAAUCGUAAGAUCGGUUUACAUCCGGUUCAGGAAUCAUUAGCUAGUCGUCACGGUUCACAAUGUGGAUUUUGUACACCGGGAUUUAUCAUGUCAAUGUAUGCACUAUUAAGAUCCAGCAAAACCCCACCUACGGAAGAGCAAAUUGAAGAAAGCCUUGCGGGAAAUUUAUGUCGAUGCACCGGUUAUCGACCGAUUCUCGAUGCGUUUCGAGUCUUUGCAAAAAGCAAUGAUUCGUUAUACACAAGUGGUUCUGUUACAUCACAAGAACCUAAAAACGGCGAGUUUAUUUGCCCUUCAACUGGCAAACCGUGCUCUUGUGGGCCCAACAAAGAAACCGUCGAAAAAUCUGAUGUUUGCCAAAGUGGCUAUAAAGCUGUUUCGUAUAACGAAACUGACGGAAGUUCGUAUACAGACAAAGAACUCAUAUUCCCACCUCAGCUUUUAUUGAGGAAAUCAAGUUAUUUAAGUUUAAGCGGAUUUAACGGGAUCAAGUGGCAUAGACCGUUACUGUUAAAACACGUAUUGGAGUUGAAGUCGAGAUAUCCCAACGCAAAGUUGGUCGUAGGAAACACGGAAGUGGGAAUCGAAACUCGGUUAAAGAAAAUUCACUACCCGGUUUUUAUAUCGGUUACCCAUGUACCCGAGCUUAAUAUUUUGACCGUUGACCACGAUGGAAUCGAGAUCGGUGCUGGUGUUCGGCUCUCCGAGCUUCAAAACUUUUUAAAAAAAGUUAUUGAAGAACGUCCGGUUUACGAAACAUCUUCUUGUAAGGCUAUCGUCGAACAAAUAAAAUGGUUUGCGGGGACGCAAAUACGAAAUGUUGCGUCGGUUGGUGGGAAUAUAUGCACCGCAAGCCCGAUUUCCGACUUGAAUCCACUUUGGAUGGCGGCACGAGCAAAAUUCAAAGUUGUUGACGGUAAAGGAAACGUUAGAAACGUUUUGGCGGAGAAUUUCUUUUUGGGUUAUCGUAAAGUGGAUUUGGGGAGUAACGAGAUUCUUUUAUCGGUUUUGCUUCCGUGGACUUGUGAGUUUGAGUACGUAAAAGAAUUUAAGCAGGCUCAUAGACGGGAUGAUGAUAUUGCACUUGUAAAUGGCGGGAUGCGUGUUUUUCUCAAAAAACGCGAUAAAAAAUGGAUCGUUUCCGAUGCGAGUAUCGUGUACGGUGGUGUUGCUCCGGUUUCGUUAUCAGCUGUAAAAACGAAAGAUUAUUUAAUCGGGAAGGCGUGGAAUAAGGAGCUCUUGCAGAACUCGUUGGAAAUCUUGAAGCAGGAUGUCGUGAUUUCGGAAAACGCGCCAGGUGGCAUGGUGGAGUUUCGUAAAUCAUUGACGUUAAGUUUCUUUUUCAAAUUCUUUUUAUGGGUAUCUCAUCAGAUGAACGGUCAAGAUUCGUUUAACGAAUCCGUACCCACAUCACAUUUAUCCGCUAUUGAGUCCUUUCACCGUCCAUCGUUCACGGGUAGUCAAGAUUACAAAAUUACGAAACAGGGGACUGCGGUGGGGUCCCCAGAGGUUCAUAUGUCGGCAAGACUUCAGGUAACGGGAGAGGCUGAGUACACCGAUGACACCCUGAUGCCACCUGGCGGUUUACACGCUGCUUUGAUAUUAAGUAAAAAGCCUCAUGCUCGUUUACUUACGAUUGAUGAUUCGGGUGCCAGGUCAUCACCGGGAUUUGCUGGCAUCUUUUUCGCCAAAGAUAUCCCGGGUAGCAAUAUUACCGGCCCUGUUAUUGAAGAUGAGGAAGUUUUUGCUUCCGAUAUCGUCACUUGUGUUGGUCAGGUUAUAGGAGUAGUUGUCGCCGACACUCACGAAAACGCAAAGAUCGCAGCGAGAAAAGUGGUCAUCGAUUAUGAAGAUCUGCCAGCUAUAUUAUCCAUAGAGGAUGCUGUCAAGUUCAAAAGUUUCCAUCCAAAUACUCAUAGGCGUUUAAGUAAAGGGGACGUUGACCUUUGUUUUCAAUCAGACCAAUGUCAUAAGAUCAUUGAGGGCGAGGUUCAUAUUGGUGGUCAAGAACACUUUUAUUUGGAGCCACAAAGCACCUUCGUUUGGACUAUGGAUGGUGGCAAUGAGGUUCACAUGAUUUCAUCAACUCAGGCACCACAAAAGCACCAAAAGUAUGUGGCGCACGUGCUCGGUCUUCCAAUGUCAAAAGUGGUUUGCAAAGUGAAACGAAUUGGUGGUGGAUUUGGCGGGAAAGAGACCAGAUCAGCUUUCUUUGCAGCGGUUGCAUCUGUACCAGCAUAUUUGUUAAAUUGUCCUGUUAAACUUACAUUAGAUAGAGAUGUAGAUAUGCAAGUAACUGGUCAGCGACAUAGCUUUCUUGGAAAAUAUAAGGUCGGAUUCACAAAUGAAGGCAAGGUGCUUGCGUUAGAUCUUGAAAUCUAUAACAACGCAGGGAAUUCACUUGAUUUAUCUCUAGCAAUACUUGAACGCUCAAUGUAUCACUCAGAUAAUGUUUAUGAGAUUCCAAAUGUUAGAAUUAAUGGAAAUGUUUGUUUCACCAAUUAUCCUAGUAACACGGCCUUUAGAGGGUUCGGUGGGCCCCAAGGUAUGCUUGUUUCCGAGAAUUGGAUUCAAAGAAUAGCUACGGAAGUUAACAAAAGCCCAGAAGAUAUCAGAGAAAUAAAUUUCAAUAGUGAAGGGUCAAUAUUACACUACGGUCAAAAACUUCAAGACUGUACUUUGCAACGGCUGUGGGAUGAACUCAAGAAAUCCUGCAACUUCGUGAAAGUUAGAAGUGAAGUUGCAGAUUUCAAUCGUAAUAAUCGGUGGAAGAAGCGUGGAGUUGCUAUGAUUCCAACUAAAUUUGGUAUUUCGUUUACAACAAAGUUCAUGAACCAGGCAGGCGCACUGGUUCAAGUUUAUACAGACGGAACUGUGUUGGUCACGCACGGUGGUGUUGAGAUGGGCCAGGGUUUACAUACGAAAGUGGCCCAAAUUGCCGCUUCUGCUUUUGAAAUCCCUCUUAGUUCAGUGUUUAUUUCCGAAACAAGUACCGACAAGGUUCCUAAUGCAUCUCCAACGGCAGCUUCCGCUAGCUCUGAUAUGUACGGGGCCGCGGUUUUGGAUGCUUGCAUGCAAAUAAAAGCGAGAAUGGAGCCAAUUGCAUCGUUGAAAAAACAUACUUCUUUUGUGGAGUUGGUAAACGCAUGCUAUUUUGAGCGUAUAGACCUUUCAGCACACGGGUUUCACAUCGUUCCCGACAUAGGUUUCGACUGGAAAACCGGUAAAGGUCACCCAUUCAGGUAUUUCACAUACGGAGCUGCGUUUGCUGAGGUGGAAAUCGACACACUAACCGGGGAUUUCCACACCCGGGCUGCUGAUGUCAUUUUGGAUCUCGGAUUCUCCAUCAAUCCAGCCAUUGAUGUUGGACAGAUUGAAGGAGCGUUUGUGCAAGGUAUGGGAUGGGUGGCUCUCGAGGAGCUGAAAUGGGGUGAUGCUGCUCACAAAUGGAUUCCACCAGGUUGCUUGUUCACUUCGGGUCCCGGAAAUUAUAAAAUUCCGUCCGUCAAUGAUGUUCCGUUCAAAUUCAAGGUUUCGCUAUUGAAGGAUGCACCAAAUGACAAGGCCAUACAUUCAUCAAAAGCUGUUGGUGAACCUCCAUUUUUUCUGGCAUCAUCAGUCUUCUUUGCGAUAAAAGACGCAAUUAUAGCCGCAAGAGCUGAAUCAGGGUCUCAUGGUUGGUUUCCUCUUGACAAUCCUGCAACUCCGGAACGAAUUCGGAUGGCAUGUGCUGAUGAGUUUACCGCACCCUUUGUCAAAUCCGAUUUCCGACCCAAACUCAGCGUUUAGCGAGUGUUCAACCAAGUUCACGCGCGAAGCACGCUGUGGUGUAUGUACAAUGAACAUUUUGUAUAGUUGUUUAAUUUGAUGUCAAAACAGUCAUCGACCUCUUAUGAACUUGGUAAAAUGUUAAAAGUUUAUUAAUGACUGAUUAUAUGUUGAUUUCUAAAUCA